AUGGUUCGAAAGGAAGUACCAGUAUCCAAUCGGACACUACAGUGGAAGUGUGUUGAAUCAAAAGCAGACAGUAAGCGUCUUUAUUAUGGUCGUUUCGUUCUAUCUCCGCUUAUGAAAGGUCAAGCUGAUACGAUAGGUACCGCGAUGCGAAGGUCUUUACUUGGAGAAAUAGAAGGAACAUGUAUCACAUGUGCAAAAUCUGAGAGGGUACCACAUGAAUAUUCUACAAUAGUAGGUAUUGAGGAAUCAGUACAUGAAAUUUUAAUGAAUUUGAAAGAAAUUAUAGUUAGAAGCGAUCUGUACGGGACUCGUGAUGCAUUUAUCUGUGUUAGGGGUCCUAAAUAUGUAACUGCUCAAGAUAUAAUCUCACCACCUUCUGUGAAAAUAGUUGAUACUACACAGCAUAUAGCUAGUAUCACCGAACCAAUUAAUUUUUGUAUUGGAUUAGAAAUCGAGAGAAAUCGCGGAUAUCGUACGAGAACCACCAACCAAGAUGCAAGUUAUCCUAUAGAUGCUGUAUCUAUGCCUGUUCGAAAUGCGAAUUAUAGUAUUCAAUGUUAUGGAAAUGAGAAUGAAAAACAAGAGAUACUUUUUCUAGAGAUAUGGACAAAUGGAAGUUUAACUCCUAAAGAGGCACUUUACGAAGCUUCCCGUAAUUUGAUCGAUUUAUUUAUUCCUUUUCUACAUGCGGAGGAGCGGGACCUCCAUUUAGAUGACGAUCAAAACAUAUUUACUGCGCCUUUUUUCCCCUUUCAUGAGGGGUUGGCUUAUAUAGGGAUAGGGGAAAGCAAAAAAAGAAUUGCAUUGAAACGUAUUUUUAUUGACCAAUUAGAAUUAUCUCCCAGGACCUAUAACUGCCUCAAAAGGUCCAAUAUCCAUACAUUAUUGGACCUUUUGAGUAAGAGUCAAGAAGAUCUUAGGAAAAUUCAACAUUUUCGUGUAGAGGAUGUCAAACGGGUAUUGGACAUUCUCAAGAAACGUUUUGCAAUGAAUUUAUUUACCUAA